AUGAACCGGCUGGUCAGCUACACCAGCUCUGAUGACGAAGACAAUGUUUCUGGUGUUUCUCCAGAAAUGGGAUCUGCAAUGGUUGAGACAAAUAUUUUCCGACAGGAUACAUAUAUCAAUACAGUUAGCCAAGAUGAGAUGGUAAAGUUAUGCAGUAGCCACAAGCCAGGUCCACUUCACAAGGUCACCAUGAGUCACACACCAGCACAAGACCUACCUAUCACUGACGAAUCUGAUGACCAGAAGUGCAACUUUGUCAGCAGCGACAGUGACACAUACAGUGAACUGUCACAUUCAACAAAAGUAACACUAGAUUGUCAUCUGUCAAAAUCUGAAACUGAACGAGGGAAGGACAGCUCAAGUCACGGCUCACAAACCAUUAAUGUGACUAGUGAUGUACAAAAUAAAGUGACUGACAACGUCAUGCAAGCACAUCAAAAGACAAACAUGAAUUCCCCAUCUACAGGACAAGGCCACCCUCAAGUUCAGACAUCUCAUACUUCGGCUCUCACAGAUGAAGCAGACUCGUAUAAAGUCCCAGAUAUUUAUAGUGUGUUAAGUCCAUGCUCAGAAGAAGACCACAGUUUUACAACAUCAUCACCAGAAUCUCCUACCUCAGUUCAACCAGUGGAGUCAGAAACUGUUUCCUGUACUCUGACCAAUAGAAAGAGGAAGUUAAGUGAUGGCAGUAAGAAACACCUGGAUGUGCCUAACUCUAUCCAGUCCAUGUUUCUCAACAAACAACACAGAUGGACAGAUGACCCAUCGCAGCAUGACAAUAGAGUUAGAUCUUUCGCUCACUUGGAAGGAAAUUGGGCCACUCAUGUCUUUGUGCCUGUUGCCAAGUCGGAGGAGUUUGUGAAAUUUGUAGACAAACUUCUAAGCAUGCUGAUGCCCCAAACUUUCCAAGCUCAGUCAGAUUUUCAUGUCAGCCUUUCCCGCACAGUUACUAUCAGGUAUCACUGGAUAGAGCUGCUGGUUGACUCACUGAGGGAGCAGUUCAAAUCCUUGACAAGCUGCAUCAGUGACUUGACAUCUGUGAAGUUGUUCACCAAUGAUGAAAAAACAAGAACUUUUGUGGUAAUAGAACUAUCUGUGGAGGACAACAAGGAGUUCCUGGAAUAUGUCAGAGCUGUUGACAAGAGUUUUGCUGAGUUUAAACUCCCUGCCUACUAUGAGAAUCCGUCCUUCCAUAUCAGCGUGGGAUGGUGUGUGGGCGAUGUGAUCAGUGACAUACCAGGUGAAAAACUGUCAAAAGCUCAGGAAAUGCUAGGAGAUUUUGUGGCUGCCAACCCAGACUUGGGUUUUGUCUAUGUUCAUCAAAUCUGUUGCCAGACGGGCUGCAAGUCUUUCCUGAUCACAUUACCAGAUGCUGGCAUUUAG